UGUAAAAAAAUUUUGUAACAAAUUUUUAUUUUAGGUUUUGAUUACAAAGUAUAAUUAUGAAAGCAAAUUAAAAAUGGAUUAAAAGACCAAAGCAACAAAAAUUUGGUGGUCGUCACGUCAAUAGUACACAUUAUAUAUGCAACUGACAAAUUUUGCAUAAAUAGAAAUGAUACAAACUAAGGUCAUAUUGAAAGCGACAUUGGCUAUGACAGCCCUUUGGUCUCUGAUUACAUUAACGAAUUCCAGAACUUCAACAAGGUGGAAACUGAAUUCGGCUACCGGAAAAAUACAAUUUCACGACACUGGAGCGAAAAAUAAAGGUUCUUACUUCGCAGAUAACAAGACUAUAAAUGAUCUUGAUCUCACAUCAGAUAUUUAUCAACAAGAUGCAGUAUUUUACAUAAUUGCCACUUCUAACCGCAUUUUCGAUGGUGUUGACUGGUCGCAACAAUCACUGGAGCCCUCAAUACUACAUUCUCCGAUACAAAUGUCUAUCGGCCGUAAAAUCUCAACGGAAAGUUUUAGUAGCAAUUUGACUGCAGAGCAACGAAUGGAACACGCACAUAAUGAAAAAGUAGUUAAAACACGUUUAAAAAUUAAAGAAUCGUUAGAUUGCGGGCAACUUCUUAAUUAUACGCAAUAUGAUUAUAUCACAAAUAUAGGAGACCACUAUAGACAUAAGGAAAUGAAAUUAAUGCCUGAACCAGAAGUAGCAUAUUUCUUUUUGCGCAAUCAUGAUAAGCAUGCUUAUAAGAAUUUCAAUUUAGCCGCCCUAGAAGCCCACUUAAAACAAGCGAAACUUGAUAAUCCUCACUCAGCGAAAGUAUAUCACCAUAUUGGCAACUACUGGCGUAUUGUGGGGGAUGCUAUAGAGGCAGUCAAAUGUUUCCGUCGUGCCUUGGAUAUAUCUCCUACGGAGUCAGAAAUCAUGUUCAAUUUAGGUAAAGUGUUGUACAAUUUACAGUAUUUGGACGAUGCUAUAUAUAUGACACGUAGAUCUAUUGAAUUUCAAAGCCCCGCACACACAGUAUGGCCGCAAUAUUAUAUGCUGGGCGAAAUUCUCAAGACUUAUGGUGAUAUUCAAGGUUCGUUGCAUUAUUAUCGCUUAGCUUUGGAAUUGAACCCUACACAUGAGCUUAUUGUGAAGGCUUUAAGAGAUAUUGACAAUAAGCCUACAGCUGGUAUACAUACUUAUACGGUCGUCAUAAUUAUAACUCUGGUGAUUGCUGUGCUAAGUGUAAUUGUGACGUGCUCUGUUCUAGAUGACCAUCGCGGUAAUGUUGACGGCCGUGUUUCCAUAGUUUCAAAUCAAAGAAGUUUUCAUCGAAAUAUGCGUUCAUUGAAAGGAUUUUCCACGGCACGUAACAACCGUUUGAGAAGAUUUCGAAUCAAUAUUUAAGCCGUUUCACAUAUGGACUCUGUCUUUAAAUAUCUGUGAUAGCUACUUAUCCGGUUAGCUACUUAAAUCGGUUAUUCCCUUUAACCAGACAGAAGUACACGGAGGGUUAAAAACAAAUUAAUCCAAAGAUUUAUAUCACCAAUAUAUCUCAUUUGCCAUACAUUUAAAUAGUUAUACUCAUAUAUCUUCAUAAUUAUACAUAAGUUUUAUUAUUAACGAAGCUUUUACCAAAAAAGAAAAAUAGCCUCUAUCAACGAGUUAUGCUUCUAUUUUGUUCUCACCGUUUUUAUUUAUUUAUUAAAAAAGGGCACAAUUAAUUAUAUAAUUGUUGAAUUCCUUAAUUCUGGUAAUGACAUUUAUGCUCUGGUACUU